AUGCUUGGAAACCUUGACCUGCUUCAAAACUCCAAGCAAACCAAUCACCAAGCUCUUUUGAGGAAUGGAUUGGUUACAGACCUACGUAAACUACACGCAGGAGGCCACAACGUCUUUAACUCAGGAUCUCAUUCAGGUGUAAGACACAAGCAAGCAAGCAAGCAGGCGGCGAUGUUUAAGACUCGGGUUUUGGCCCCGCACUGGAGCCCGAUGAAAUACGGGUCUAAAUCCGUCAUAAAAUAUUGGAUCCCGCCACCACUCAGCGGCGGCAGAGAUACUAUGCCUCGGGCACCGGAUCCACAACCAUGGGGAUUGAUGGCUCGCGAAGAAGCCGAAGGAUGUAAAUCGAUUAUUAACGAGAACGGAGUUUUGUAG